UGAAAUCGUCGACCUUCCACUAUAGUGCUAGACAAGUGGAAUGCUGUGAUUAGUUUUAGUUAAACAUCCCAUUGAGGCUUGUUGGGCGUGUUGAGGUGUGCGCAUGCAUAUAUUUGUUUCUUGUUCUGGGAGCGAUGUUCCGCUGGGUUUUGCUCGCUUUCUUCAUCAGCCUCUGUGCCACUGCUGAAGCACAGAAAAAGAAGGCGAAGACUCAGACUCAGACUCAGAAUCUGUCGAGAGGAUGGGGGAAAACAAUUAAAUGGAUCAAAAGUUAUGAGGAUGGCCUGUCGGAAUUGGGCAAGAGUCAGAAACCAUUGAUGGUCAUUCAUCAUCUAGACAACUGCCCACACAGUAAAGCUCUGAAGGAGGCAUUUGUUGCUGAUAAGUCCAUCCAGAAAAUGGCCAAAGAGAACUUCAUCAUGCUCAACGUGGUGGAGGAAACCGGGGACAAGAAUCUGGCACCUGAUGGGUAUUAUGUUCCCCGAAUCCUCUUUGUUGAUCCAGCUUUGACUGUGCGUACAGAUAUUGUGGGGAAAUACAGCGACCGCCUCUACGCCUACGGCCCAGACGACAUGAAGCUCUUGGCUGCAAACAUGAAGAAAGCCAAACUCCUGCUGAAGAAUGAACUUUGAAGCUGCUCCGCUCCGACCAGAUGGAUCCUCCUGCAGAACAACCAGCGCUGAAAUAUUUCCAGGCUUUCAGGGCUGUUGUGUCAUUAAGGAAAGCUAAAUAAAUUUACUUUCAGUUUAA